AUGGCUAAAAGUGCAACGUUUAGCUUGAAACUUCUCAUUGAUGAGAAGAUAAACAAAGUUGUUUUGGCUGAGGCAGAUCAGGAUUUUGUUGAUGUGCUCAUCAGUCUUAUGUCUCUCCCAAUGGGUAAGAUUGCUAGCUUGUUGGAGAAUCAUAAAAAAUUUCAGACAGUCGUCCUAGGCUGUUACAGAAACCUUAGCAGAAGUGUUGCAGAUAUGGGCAUCGAACAUUUUGAGACUGAAGCCUGCAAGAGUAUGUUACUGAAUCCGAAGAGUAGCAAGGAGGUUCAUUGCAGAAGGCUCAAGCUGAACAUGGGUGAUACUGAUGCCACAAAGUUCUUUAUGUGCGCAAACUUCCUUAAGAAAGAUAACUUAUGCAGCAAUGUGUACAGCAAUUUUAACACCUCAAGAUGUAGUUGUGGAGCUCUGAUGAGCAGUCAGAUUCUGGUCCCAGAAGAAGACCAAGCUGGAGAAGUGAUAGGAAACAGUGAACAUGGAGUGUUUGUCAGUUGCAGAUCGUCAUUCAUUGUGACUGAUGAUCUGAACGUGACGUUGAACUCUAUUAGUGCUGUCAUGAAAGUUCUUCAUGAUAUAGGGUAUCUUGGUUUUAAGGAUCUGCGCGAAACCCUACUUGAUGUAGGGUUCGAAGAGGUGCUGACUCUUUUGGGAUGUUUAUUCACUUCGGAAACUCCCUUGACAUGCGCAUUCCUCGGGAUACCUUGCAUGACAAGGAAGCUCAAAAUGCUAUCCUCUCCUGUUCAAAAAACAGGACGUGUAGAGCCAAGCAGUGCGUAUUCUGUGAAAGUAUUUGUUAGAAAGCUUGAUUGGGAGAUUAUUUAUGCUGAGUGCAAUGAAGACUUCGUUGAUUCUCUUCUCAGUUUUCUGAUUUUCCCUCUUGAGUUGGCCUACUCGUUGUCUAAACAGUCUAAUGAUGAUACUCUUUUGGGAUGUAUCGGAAAUUUGUGCAGAAGCCCUCUGGUGUCGGAAGGUAAAAAAAUUGUGAAAGUGUUUCCAGAUAAUCCAAAAGUAAAGCCUGGAACUUCAUCAAUACGUGGUAGUGGGUUUAUGAAGAGAAACACAAAGUUCAUUGUGUCUAAUGAUCUGACUAUAACUCCGAUGAAUUCAACUUCGACCAUUGGCUUGUUGAAGAAGAUGCAGGUAGACUUCAGUGAUCUAGAGGAGCAUCAGAUUAGCAUUUCCAGAGCAGAGCUCAUCAGCAUUCUUAGAGCUUCCUUGAUCUCGUCCUCUGCAUUGACUAAUGGUCUUUCAUACUUGCUCGUGAAGAAACCAAAGGAAGAAACUUGA